AGGAAAAGUACAUUAUGGUCUGGUCUAACUGUCCAUCAGAUGACCCGGGUGGCGAAGCUGUGCAAUAACAACAUUAUCUUGUACAUCCACGGUAUUGACUCAGAGGGCUAUCUGUCGCGUCCCGUGUUAUUACACAGCAAUAUUUGGGGUGGCGCGCCUGUCGCCCGAGUGUGUUUGCUGCUCGGAAGCUUCUGCACAGAGAUGGCAAGAGAACCGUAGCAGACUGUGGGGCCUAUACGGUUGGGCAAUUUACCGACAACCGUAACGUUAGAGCCGCAGAGACGCAGAGAGUAGGAAAGGAGCGGAUCAACGGACAGGAGGAACCAUGGGACACGGAGUGGGCUGAACCAGAGGGUCUAGCAGCACACACCAAUUGUUUCCCACUGUGGUGUAUGACAUGGCCACGGCCUCAUCUAGAGCAGAGUCUAGCCAUAACCACAGCGGAACGACACAGCUCCAUGCCAUUGUUUCCUGUGCCAAAAUCAAGAGGAAGAAGAGCCUGUUUGGGACUGCCAUUUAUGUGGAGGUGACAGCGGAGGGGGAGUCGCGCCGCACAGUGAAGUCUCAUAGCUCCUCCAGUCCUAAAUGGGAUGAGAGGCUCACUCUGAAUGUAACACCGCACACACAGGUGGAUUUCAAAGUAUGGAGUCACCACACUCUGAAGGCAGACGCUCUGCUAGGCAAAGCCACGCUGGACCUAAUUCAAGCCCUGGAGAAGCAUGACAGGAAAUUGGAGAAUGUGAAGGAGGUGCUGAAACUGAGCGUGGAGCAGAAGGGGGCUCCGGUUCCCACAGGGGAGCUGACUGUCUACCUAGAUGGCCUGACUAUCACUGACCAGGAGGAGCUGGCACCGCUUACCAACGGCAAUGCAGCAAGUGGCACCAAAGUCCAACAGAAUGGUGAUGCCAUCCAUGAAAAUGGAGACUCUUCCUCUUCUUCCUCGAGGGCUGCCAACAGCACAGUGAAUGGUACAGACUUGGGCCCGAGGUCAAGUUCCUGUUCGGCCUCCAAUGGUGUGGAUGGUCAGGUGCCUUCCAGCUCCUGCAGCCCCGCCCUUGAUCACGUCGUCAAUGGAGAUGCUACACCCAACUCGACCCCAGUCCACCAACCCUCAGACAGUGAUACAGAGAGUCGGACUGUCAAUGGGGAGUCCUGUGACGCUGCUCCCGAGCCAUCAUCCUCCACAACAGAUGUGUUGCCCCCUGCAGAUGACCAUGAGGACUGCAAUCAAGAUGCUACCCUGCCAGACCCUGACACAGCACCAAAUAGCACAUCUCAAACCCAGCCAACCUCCUCUUCCUCUUCUGCUGCUAAGCCUAUUGAUGGCACUGCUGCUGCUGCUGCUGCUGCUGCUGCUGCUGCUUCCUCCUCCACAUUCGCCUCCCCAGCACAGGGGGCCACCUCCUCAUCAUCGUCCACUUCCUCCCCAGCAAUUGGAGAAGCGAAUGCUUCAGGAGGUGGUGGUGCAAGCAGUAGUAGCAGUGCAACUGUAACUACAGACGGGGCGAAGCCCAGGCAGCAGGUCCCCAGUGCUGGAGCCCCAGAUCCUCUGCCACCGGGUUGGGAGCAGAGGAAAGACCCGCAUGGAAGAACUUACUAUGUAGACCACAACACCAGAACUACGACCUGGGAGAGACCGCAGCCACUACCACCAGGUUGGGAGCGCCGAGUGGAUGACCGGGGCAGGAUCUAUUACGUGGACCACAACACCCGCACCACCACAUGGCAGCGUCCCACCAUGGAAUCGGUCCGCAACUUUGAGCAGUGGCAGAGCCAGCGCAGCCAGCUGCAGGGAGCUAUGCACCAGUUUAACCAGAGAUACCUCUACUCUGCAUCCAUGAUGUCUGCUGAGAAUGAUCCUCUUGGCCCGCUACCUCCUGGGUGGGAGAGGCGUGUGGACUCCAAUGACCGAGUGUACUUUGUCAACCAUAACACCAAGACAACGCAGUGGGAAGACCCCCGAACCCAAGGGCUACAGAAUGAGGAUCCUCUUCCUGAAGGUUGGGAGAUCCGGUACACAAGGGAAGGCGUUCGUUACUUUGUGGAUCACAACACCCGAACCACCACUUUCAGUGACCCCCGCACUGGAAAGUCAUCUGUCACCAAAGGCCCUCAGAUUGCUUAUGAGCGCAGCUUUCGAUGGAAGCUUGCUCAUUUUCGCUACUUGUGCCAGUCCAAUGCUCUCCCUAGCCAUGUGAAGAUCACCGUCUCAAGGCAGACAUUGUUUGAAGACUCUUUCACGCAAAUUAUGGCCCUGAAGCCUUACGACUUGAGGAGGAGACUCUAUGUUAUCUUCAGAGGCGAGGAGGGUCUAGACUAUGGUGGCUUAGCCCGAGAGUGGUUCUUCUUGUUGUCCCAUGAAGUGCUGAACCCCAUGUACUGUCUGUUUGAGUAUGCGGGCAAGAGCAACUACUGUCUGCAGAUCAACCCGGCCUCUGCUAUAAACCCGGACCACCUCUCCUACUUCUGCUUCAUAGGCCGAUUCAUCGCAAUGGCACUUUUCCACGGCAAGUUCAUCGACACAGGCUUCUCUCUGCCCUUCUACAAACGCAUGCUGAACAAGAAGCUAAUACUCAAAGACCUGGAGUCCAUUGACCCAGAGUUCUACAACUCACUCAUAUGGAUCAGGGACAACAACAUUGAAGAGUGUGGUCUGGAGAUGUACUUCUCAGUGGACAUGGAGAUCCUGGGGAAGAUUACUUCUCAUGACCUCAAAGCCGAUGGUGCCAAUGUUCUAGUCACCGAGGAGAACAAGGAGGAGUAUAUCAGUCUAAUGGCAGAGUGGAGGUUCUCCCGCGGGGUAGAAGGUCAGACCAAAGCUUUCUUGGACGGCUUCAAUGAGGUGGUUCCUCUUCAGUGGCUGCAGUACUUUGAUGAAAAGGAGCUUGAGGUGAUGCUGUGUGGCAUGCAGGAGGUAGACCUUCAGGACUGGCAGAGAAACACAGUGUACCGUCACUACACAAGAAACAGCAAACAGAUCAUCUGGUUCUGGCAGCUGGUGAAAGAAGUGGACAACGAAGUGCGGCUGCGGCUCAUGCAGUUUGUCACAGGGACGUGCAGGCUUCCUCUGGGCGGCUUCGCUGAACUCAUGGGAAGUAACGGGCCCCAGAAGUUCUGCAUUGAGAAGGUGGGGAAGGACACAUGGCUUCCUCGGAGCCACACAUGUUUCAACCGUCUGGACUUGCCUCCCUACAAGAGCUUCGAACAGCUGAAAGAGAAGCUGCUCUUUGCCAUCGAGGAAACGGAAGGAUUUGGCCAAGAAUAGAGGGAGGAGUCCGCUUGUAUCUCUCUCCCUCCCCAUCGCUGUUUAUUCAGCCAAGUAAAACAAACUAAAAAAAACAAACAAAAAGGAAUUGCACAAGAUAACCACCAAUGUAUAUAAGCUAUUUUGUCAUUUUAAACCAAAUCUUAAUUUGCAGCAUCAUUUUUGCAGCAAUCCUGUUCCCCAGCCCUUAAAUAUGAUAUGAUACCCCAUCAUGAAAUAUGCAAGCAUUUCAGCAUUUCUGCUCCUCUGUUUAAAAACAGAAAUCAUGGAUAUUUUUUUAAUUUCCUCCCCACUGCUGACUGGCUUUUUAAAAGAGACUGAAAGUGUUUUUGAAAGGAUUUUAUAGUUGAAGCGCAAUCUUCUUUUAAAGCUCUAGUUCUAUAGAGCUUCUAAAUGGCAAGAGUAGUAUUGGGGUCUGGUGCCUGAAUUUUAUUUCCCCCGUUGGACUCAUAGUAAUUGUUGCAAUUUUUGCGUGCUUGCAUGGCUGCCUCUGAGGAUGAGAAGACUGCUGUGACCACCCUCUACCACCACCUAUACACACGCAAAGACAUUUAAGCAUGGACGCUCCAUCUCUCAAUGAGCUUUUUUACCAUUAUCAUCAAAAAGGAGUUCAUUCUGAAGCAGGUGAAGCAGAGGAUACGCUGUCAUACAGUUUUUACCUUAAAGAGAUUCUGGACACACGCCCGGAGUAAGAAGCAUCAUCGGAUCAUUUGAUUAAGACACGAGUCAGGAAAAAAGCCGUCAUGGAGAAAGGCUACGAUAUGAAAUGAAAUAUGGGGACUCAAGGAAAAUAUCCUGAAUCAAAGUAAAAGAGCGAAUUGUGAGUGUGGUGGCAGUGAAGGCUGUGGUUCACAGCUCUGAUGUUUAAGCCAUGGUCACCGGACAUGUCCCACACCAGCUAGACAGCAGCCCUCUGCUCUAGUUGGCAAGUAAGAUACAGGACGGCGAUGGAGUUGUUUGGGAAAGUUGUCGCAGCAAAAGAGAUAGACGGACUCUGGCUCAACAGGUCGUGUGUGUGUUUGCUGAUUCUCUUUUGCCUCUUUGAACUUUGAUCUCGGAUUAUGAAGCGUCCCCAGUCCUGUGAAGCCACUGUGGUUUACAGAGCAACAUACAUCAUUCUGCUUAUUUGAUAACAUGAAGAGCACAUGACCCCUCAAUUAUAGGUUUCACAAUAGACAAACACCCCGACAGUGGAUCUUGUCAUGAAACAUCACUACAACUUGAUGCACACGGAGUGAGAAGAAGGGCUGGGCGAUGUAACGACUGUGUUCGAUAUAUCAAUACGUUUUCAAGCACGAUAUAAAUUUAGACAAUACCCUUUAUAUCGAUAUAGGGUCAAGUUGCAUUACAAUACGCAUACCAGUGUUUAAUCUGUCUGUUCAUUAGUCUACAGUGUGACAUGAGUCUAUAUGUUGCACAUGCUACGCUAAAUCAGUCUGUGAGAUGAAUGAAAUAACCGCAGUAGCACACGUGCAGUACAGCACUGUGCUGCAUGUGUGCUUGAUUGCGUGAGGUUAGCUUUGGUUUCCAAGGUGUAGCCCGUCACUGUUCUUAUUGGUAGUUGUAGUCUACUGUGUGACACUGAGACAGCGCCUGGAUGCAGGCGACAGAUGUGUUUUCAGAAACACGGCGACAACACAGACGUCUCAUAUACAAGCCUCUCUGUUGAUGCUCUGUGCAUAAAUAAGAUUGAUAGCCGAAAUAAAUGAAAAAUAUUUAAAUCAUUUUCCAGCUCCUGAUUCAUUUGAAAGGCCAACAGAUGGAAAACGACUUUUUAAUUCCCCACAAAAAAUUUUUCAUUUCUCCAAACAAUAAAAUGGAUUUAGGCCUCUACUUGAUACUUUUAUACUCAUGUCAUAGUUUUGUGUCCUUUGCUUCAAACCUUUAAACCUUUGUAGCUCCAGUGCUGUGCGUAAAAAGUUCACGUACAGCCCUGCUAUUUAUUCUAUAUCUUAUCAUACUUUGGUUCAUUUGAACAUGCAGCCCAUUUUGUAAAAAAAAAAAAAAAAGUCAUGUAUCGCCAUUCAGCCUGAAAAUACCGAAACAUGAAUUGUUGUCUAUGCCGCCCAGCCCUAAUGAGAACUGACAGCUUGUUACAUCUUGUGUUGUAGUAAGGUCCACAGGACAUCUCAUUCUUAUGAAUGUACAUUUGUACAUCCUCAUUUCUUACCCACCAGUAACUAAAAGCAACUGAAGCCAAUGUGGCAUAAAAAUGAUUGCAUCAUUACAGAAAUGUCAUUAUCAAGGCAGUAAGUGUCGUUCAGUGUGCCAUGGGUAAUGAGGUUUUUAAAUUUUUGUCAGUGUUCAUAAAGUGAAUAGAGACUGAAAAAUAUCAAAUUUCAUGUCUUGAUUGACAUGAAAGCACCAUAUACAAAUACUGCAUGCAGGCAGCACAGAGUGGAAACUGGCCAAUUAAAAUAAAAUAAGCAUAAAUACAUUUUUGAGGGGUUGAUAGGUCUACUAGAAAUUGUGGGCUUCUGAAAGUGCUACCUGUGUCAUGAGCCUGUAUGGCAUUAUCGGUCACAUACAGUGUGUAUCUGCUCCUCGGCUGUGCGGUCAACAGUAUGACUGCAGUUGAGUUUCCAGCCGCAGUGCUGAGCCCUCCUGAGAUCAUACAGUUUAAUUUAUUCAGCCCGUGUUCAAUUUCAUGAUUAGUUUUUGUGCUGAGAUGAGACAGCCUUAGGUUAAGAGAUCUGUGUGAGUGUGUGUCAGUAAAUAAAACCUAGCCUUUCUUUUACAAACAAAUCAUGAUUAUAAAACUUAAUGAUUUUAUGAGUUAAUGAGACACUAAAGUGCCACAGACCAAAUAACGUGUGGAAAGCUUCCCCAGUGCAGCUGCUUAGCAGUGGAAGGCCUGUCUGGAGACCGACGCAGCAUUGCAGCGCUACAUGUGUGUUUUUUGUUUUUGCACCCUCACUUGUCCUUUCUUUCCUUCAGUGCUUCAGGGGACAUGUCCUUUGUUUUUCAGAACGUCACAUGUAAAUCCGUUGUUUCUAAACUCUGGUGCUUAUUCUUUGAGUCAGUGGUCUUAACGCAGCAGUGGCAGGCCAUUCUCGUUUUCUCUAGCAUUGUGGGGGGUUUUUUUUUCCAGACCACUGCAAACAGCAGCAAGCUGCUUUAGACUUUUACUGGGAGGAGCUUGUGAUUACUCAAAUUAUCAGUCAUGUAUAUAACAUGUACUCAGCUGUCCCUGUGGAGGAGUUUGAGGGAGGGACGACAGUAUGAAGAAAUCAUUUACUGUAGCAAAAGGAGCCGACUUAAGAGAAGUCAAAAUAACUUUGUGCUUCCUUUUGAACAGAAACCUGUAAUCAAGGAAAAUCAACUGUGUAUGUGAAUAUUCAUUGUAUAAAGAUAACGAAAGUAAAUAAAGUACUUAAAUAUUAUAAUUAAUUACACAGAGCCGCCGCUCCAUUGAUGGAAAUCUGUGAUGCCUUUGUUCUUAUCAGACAUGGAUGGGACGUUUCAGGUUGCCUUCACUGUCGCCAGUAACUGAAGCAUCACCUGGACAGGUGUGUCCUCUCAAAGCUGACUCGUGAUACUGGGCAUCAUUUCAGUACGUGAUAAUGCAGCAGGGAGCUUGUUCGUGUGCUGACUGCGGUCGAGGCCGUCUGAAACGCAUCCAAACUGUAACAUAUCGCGUGUAGAUACACACUGUAAACACCACCUACACUGUACAGAAUGCCCCUUUACUGGAGACGAUGUGUAUAGAAGAUUCAUUUUUAAUCUGCUUUCACCCAUUUUAAUGAAGAGAGAUGGAUUUAUGAGAUACAAAUAAAUAAGUGAAUAAACCCCCUUCAUGACCACGCUUUCUUUCUUGUUUUUGUUGUGUGAUUAUCGGGGGACGAGAGGCCUUCUGCUCAGGAUUCACAACAAAACUGUUGGCAACUUUUAUUCUGUUCUCAGAGAAAAUAACACAAUGUGCUCUUGGUUCAUCCUCUGUUUUGAAUGGAUCUUGCCUGUGGAAAGAACCAUAUUUAAUAAAUGUAUCUGACCAUCUUU